AUGGAUUCAAACCUCAUACCAACAAAAUUCAAAGUGAGACUGGUGGUGCAGGGCUUCAUUCAGAAAGAAGGUGUUGACUACACUGAGAUCUUUGCACCAGUAGCACCAAUCCAAUCCAUUAGAGGAGUACUAUCAUUCACAGCAGUACAGGGCUGGGAGGUUGACUCAAUUGACAUCAAGCAAGCUUAUUUAAACUCAAACUUGCAUCAUGUUGUCUAUCUAAAGCUGCCAAUCAGGAUGCAAAUACCACCAGGAAAGGUCUUCAAACUUGUGAUAGGGCUAUAUGGUCUCAAACAAUUGGGAUGGGAAUGGAAUGUUGAACUGGAUUCACACCUUCAGAAAAUCAGGUUCCACUGCAUGCUGAGUGCACCCUGCCUAUACAUGAGAGGGACAGAAGAUAAGCUCACAGUCAUCACAGCUUAUGUGGAUGACAUGAUCAUAGCAUCACCAAGCCAUGGGGAAGUUGAUCGGACUAAGCAUGAGAUCAUGCAUAAAUGGGGAACCAAAGACAAUGGCCAGGUCAAGGAAUUUCUUGGCAUCAAGAUCAUUCAAAAUCGAGAUACAAGAAGCAUGACAUUAGAUUUGACAGCAUAUGUGAAGGCAAUGGUACACAAGUGGCUAAAGCAGAUGACAGAGAAAUCCUGGAUUCCAAUGCAAAGCCUGUCUGAUGGAGCCAAAGGAGAAAAGUGCUCAUCCCAAUGA